GUAACAAUUUGCCUGAUCUUUUGAAGUAAGCCCUACUAGCUAGUUGUUAAUAGUUAAUAUAAAUUAGGAAUCCUUGUGUUUUUUGGUAACUCUUAUUUAAUAUAAAUAUACCUGCCAGGACUCCUAUUGGAGUACCCUUUUCCCAUUAUUUCACAUGGUAUCAAGAGCCCAGACCUAAUUUUUUUUUUCCUCUAGAACUCACGCUUCCGCCGAUAUGAGUUCUUCCUCAUCUUCGGCCGAUUCUAGUGCCGUAGCCAUGGCUUCCUCCGCCAUGAGCUCGGCUGCCGCAGCAGUCCCUUCCUCCAUGACGCCGGCAACCUCAUCAAUUCCGAUCCAGAUGACCGCUACGCCAGAGUUCUCUACACCACGCUCUGCCGCUGCCUUCUCUCGUGUCGUUGGUUCGCCGGGAAUGAUGCCAACAUCAUCGACGUUAUUCCCUAAUUUUCCCCCACCACCAAUUUUCUCUGUGACUGAUCACACUCCUCUGUUUCAGCCUAUGCCGCAGAGCUUCCCGUGGCAGCCACCUUCACUCCAGCCGCAGGCAAGCCUCUUCCCUCCACCACCGAUUCCACCUCAAAUUCCUCUCACUGGUUCGGUCCAGGAGGCAGCCCCUUCCUUUUUCGGAUCCACCUUUUCUGGCUCUCCAGGGGUAAUUCGGCCAGUGGAUCAACCGGGUUUUGGAUCCCCGAUGUCUGCUCUUGCUCAGUCAGUCUCCCAUAUCACUACUGUUUCUCAAAUUGUCACCAUCAAAUUGAAGGCAGUCGAGGAUUAUCUCACCUGGCGUACUCAGUUUGAAUCUUUCCUGGUGUCUCAAGGUCUCUUUGGAAUUGUUGAUGGCUCAAUUCAGGUACCCCCUAUGUACAAUGUUGAUUUUCAGAAUCGUCAAGUUCCAAACACAGAAUAUUAUUAUUGGCUCCGAGUAGAUCAAACAAUUCGAUGUUGGUUGUUUGCUACUCUAACCCGGGAUGUGCUAGUUGAUGUUCAUGAUUUAAAACAUUCCGCUGCUAUUUGGGCUAGACUUCAGACUAGAUUUAUGUCUGCCAGUCUACCCCGAUGCAUGGAACUUAAACGAUUACUGUCAUCUCUUAAAAAGAAAGAGACCCAAUCAAUGGAAAGUUAUUUAAGGGAAAUCAAGAAUUUAGUUGAUGCUCUAGCGGCAAUUAAUUCUCCUGUCUCGGAUAAAGAACUGCUUCAAUCUAUUCUCGCUGGUUUGGGACCGGAUUAUAAGUCUCUUGUUACUACGGUCUCUUUAUUUCCCGAGCAAUUUCCCUUCCACAUUUUGGAACCGCGUUUGCUAGAAGCAGAACAACAACUUCUGUCUGAGCGUCAACAGCAGGCAGCCAUUGGUCAUCAAGCAUUUGCGGUAGCUGCAGCUGGGGGGCAGCCACCGGCUGGAUAUGCUGCUCGCGGCAGGGGAGGCCGCGGCAGGGGACGCGGUCGCCAGGGCCGAGGUCGCGGCAGAGGUUAUCCACAACAGCCGUAUAGCUUUCAGCACCAGGCCGCGACGUCUUUUGGUGCACAGCAGCCGGCCGGACCUCAGCCAUCUCAUGGAGGAUCCCCGGCAGCCUCUGGUUCUGGCCAGCAGCAGGGAUUCGGACCGCAAGUUUUCUCACAACAUCCGGCUUCUAUUCAGGGGGUGCAAUCUACUCGCCCGGGCACUUCAGGUUUUUCAUCGGGUGAGGGCAUUCUUGGGUCUGUUCCACCGCCUGUUGUCUGUCAGCUUUGUUUCUCUGCAGGUCACUCUGCGCUUCAGUGUCCUUCUCGGUAUGCUCCACCGUCUGCGCCAGCUCUAUUGACUUCUAAUAAUGGUGACUCAAAUACUGCUUUAUGGUAUCCUGACUCUGGAGCUUCAGCUCAUAUGACUCCUACGGAAGGACAAAAUUUCGGGGAAGGUCCUUCUGGAAGCACCUAGUCAUGGUCAUCUCUAUCCAGUCAGCCUCCGUUCUCAGCCACCGUUUGCCUUGUCUUCUCUAGCUUUGUCUGGCCCCAUUUGGCAUCGUAGAUUAGGCCACUGUGGCACUUCUAUUUUACGUACUUUACAAAGUCAGCACCAUAUAUGUAGUAGCUCUAGUUUUUCUCAUGACUGUAUUUCUUGCCGAUUAGGCAAAUCUCAACGUUUACC